GUUCUCCGUCGUGAGGAGGGGCAUGAAAAUCACCACAGGACAAGAGUACGCUGCCAAAAUUAUCAACACCAAAAAGCUUUCGGCUAGGGAUCACCAGAAACUGGAAAGAGAAGCUAGAAUCUGUCGCCUCUUGAAGCAUCCCAAUAUUGUGCGGCUUCAUGACAGCAUAUCAGAAGAAGGAUUCCAUUACUUAGUCUUUGACUUAGUCACUGGAGGUGAACUGUUUGAAGAUAUAGUUGCAAGAGAAUAUUAUAGUGAAGCAGAUGCCAGUCAUUGUAUACAGCAGAUUCUAGAAAGUGUUAAUCAUUGUCAUCUAAAUGGCAUAGUUCACAGAGACCUGAAGCCUGAGAACUUACUUUUAGCUAGCAAAUCCAAGGGAGCAGCAGUAAAACUGGCAGACUUUGGAUUGGCUAUAGAAGUCCAAGGAGAGCAACAGGCUUGGUUUGGCUUUGCUGGUACUCCGGGAUACCUUUCUCCAGAGGUGCUACGAAAAGAUCCGUAUGGAAAACCCGUGGAUAUGUGGGCAUGUGGUGUCAUUCUGUAUAUCCUCCUGGUGGGAUAUCCUCCUUUCUGGGAUGAGGACCAGCACAGGCUUUACCAGCAGAUCAAGGCUGGUGCUUAUGAUUUUCCCUCACCAGAAUGGGAUACAGUGACUCCUGAAGCAAAAGACCUUAUCAAUAAAAUGCUUACCAUCAACCCAGCAAAACGGAUCACGGCAUCAGAAGCGCUAAAGCAUCCAUGGAUCUGUCAACGUUCUACCGUUGCCUCGAUGAUGCACAGACAAGAGACUGUAGACUGCUUGAAGAAAUUCAAUGCAAGAAGAAAACUAAAGGGGGCCAUUUUGACAACUAUGCUGGCUACCAGAAAUUUCUCAGCAGCCAAGAGUUUACUGAAAAAGCCGGAUGGAGUUAAGGAAUCGACGGAGAGCUCCAAUACAACCAUUGAGGAUGAGGAUGUGAAAGCUCGUAAGCAGGAGAUUAUCAAGGUUACUGAGCAGUUGAUUGAAGCCAUCAACAACGGGGACUUCGAAGCUUACACAAAAAUCUGUGAUCCAGGCCUUACGUCUUUUGAACCUGAAGCUUUGGGUAAUCUAGUAGAAGGGAUGGACUUUCACCGGUUUUACUUCGAAAAUGCUUUAUCCAAAAGUAACAAGCCAAUCCACACCAUUAUCCUCAAUCCUCACGUCCACCUUGUGGGGGACGACGCCGCUUGCAUCGCGUACAUCCGGCUCACACAGUACAUGGAUGGAAGUGGGAUGCCAAAGACUAUGCAGUCCGAGGAAACGCGGGUCUGGCACCGCCGUGACGGGAAGUGGCAGAACGUUCAUUUUCACCGUUCAGGGUCACCGACAGUACCUAUCAACUAAAAAUAUCAGCGGUGCCGCUCUUGCAUUUUCCGUACCCAACGCACCUGGUUGAUUGAUCACCAUCUCGGCCAUCCCGUUCUCUUCAUGCAUGUUUCUGAGUGCAUGAAGUUGUGAAGGUUCUUCAUGUAACACAUUUGUGAUGCGCCACGUUGCUGUAUAUUCCAUCUGUACACUGUUAACAUUUCAAGGAAGGUGAUGUUCCAUGCAAAUAGAGAAUAACAAGGCAUAAAAGACAAAAAAAAUAUAUAUAUUUGAUGGACAGCAGUAGACACAGGAUACAUUUGUCACUUCCUCCAUUUACGCCAAGUUUUAACAGACAACUUUAAAAACUAGCCUGUUUAUUAAAAAAAAAAAAGAAAAAAAAAAAAGAAAAAGUACAUUUUACCCUCUUUUUUUAAGAACUGGUUUUUGACUCCUCCUUUUUCCCCUGGGAUUUUGCUUUGGUUCUGGUAGGAAGGGUUAGGAUUUCCGCUGGCAGCUCCGUUACCGUAAAACAGAUUUUUAUUACAGCAUGUAGAUGGACAAAAUCACUGAUAAAUGUGGAAGUGAUAAUAUCUUGGCUUUGUACCAGCUGAAGCCUUCUUAGUUUAUUAGUCUCUGUAAACUGGAAAAAAAAUCUCAUCGUUCGCUAGCUUGGCCACUUCAGAAUUAACCGUCAGCGUUCUGGUGAGCCAGCAGCUGCUUUAAUUUCUUUUGAGUCUUGACCUUUGCUUUCUUGCUAUGCUAACUGAAAAUUUCUCUUGGAUGAUUAAGCAAAAUUAAAAAUUGUAAGGAACUAAGUGACCAAUGAGGGGCGGUUUUUGAGGAUUAGAAAAGGGAAGAACAGAGAAAGGUGGAGCUUUAUCACUGGUAGGGUGCACCGUAAAUUUUUUAAGGAGGCUUUAAAAAAAGAUAAAAUUUGGAUUAAGCUGUAGACCAGCUGUGUGCUUAACGUACUGGAGAAAUAUUAGGCCUUAAAAGCUUAGUAUGAAGAGUUUACUUUACACUGCUGCUGUUGCUUCCCUGGAAAUGUAUUACGGAUACAACGGUUUUCUCCCAAGGCCCUAAAGCUUUACCACAGAUUUGUUUCUUCCCCCUCCAUCUGCGCUUGGUUUCCUAAAAUCCUCACGCCACGCACGGUCCCCAGGACGACGAUCCUUGCAGCGUUACCAACUCGCUCCGGCCCCCGACGCGUCGCUGCCAACGCCUGCACGGAGCGCCCUCGGUGUCAGUUCAGCACACCGACUUUGGAACGGGGAAUGGUUUUGCUGUGAAAACACAUCCUGGCAAGCCUUUAGCUUUAUUCCCUUCCAUUUUGAAUAGAAAAAUACAGGGAUCGGUCACUUGGGGGUUCCCUCCCCCCCCCCCCCCCGUUUUUUAACCCCCCCUCGUUUGUUAAUCGUUCCGUUUCCGACAGGGCUCUCUGUUCUCUGCAGCGCUGUACAGUGCAUGAUAUCUCAAUCCGUGUCCUUUUUAGCGGUCAAAAAUUGACAACUCGCCAGCCUGACGUUUUUAAAAUGGGAAAGCUUCCUAAUUUGUCUCAUUUCACCUUUCUGUGUUGAUUACUAAUCAAAAGCAGUUCUUAAACAUGUUGGUGUUGUUACUAGUGGAUGUAUGGUAGAUGGAUUUAAGCUUCUCUGAUAAUUACUACAUGAUUUUAAACAAUAUAUAUUUAAAAUAAGCAUCUACAAUAAAUGUGUUGAGCCAUAUUAACCUGCCAAUGGGAUCUGUGAAAAAGUCAUGGCCUCAUUUUUUUUUUUUCUCCUUGAUUACUUUUCUUUUUUUUU